AAUUAAUGCAGCUAAAGAUAGCAAAUUAACCCUCGGACUGUGAUUGGCAGCACCCAUGUCGAUCGGCCAGGAUCAUCCUCACCCCGCGCGCUUGUAUACAGACCAGCCUGAGAAAUGAACACCACCGCAAUUCUCCGAUCCUCCAAAAUAGAAACACUCACCAUGUUGCUUUUAAAGCUUGUGUCCCCGGCUGGUCCAUUCUCUUCUCUCCAUUCUCAACUCACUAUACACCCAACUUCAUCCAUUGCUCACUGCUUAUUGCUUUGCUGCUGGUCAGCUAAUUCGUUAUUCUCUGUACUCUUAGCGACUCACUCCCAUACACAAUGCCUGCCACAAAAAAGAAGUCGACUCCCAAGCCGAGAGUCACCAAGAAGAUUGAAUCGGAAUCCCCUCCGCCAAAGAUUCCCUCUACUCCCAUGGAGAGAACCGAAAGACAAAACAGGUUGCACAAAAGAUCGCGUUCUGGCUGCUUCACAUGUCGUCUGCGCCGGAAGAAAUGCGAUGAGAAACAUCCCUCCUGCAGUGCCUGCAACAACCUCCGCGUCCAAUGCGAAUACAAGCGCCCGAUUUGGUGGGGGAAUCCUGAGCACCGGAGACGCCAAAAGGAGGAGAUCAAGAACAAGAUCAAGCAGACAAAGAUGAGCGAGCGGAAUGCUAGUGUGACAGAUCCGCUUAUUCGUCGCAACCUAGUCGCUUCGCCUGUCACUCCCCCGGAAUACGAGUUUAGCUAUCCUAUCAUGUCGGAACAAUACGACCUCUUUGGCCCCUCGCAGAUGCCUGUCGCUACGAUGGACCCUGUCGCAUAUGGUCCCUACGGCCCCUACGAGAUUGAUGUCAAGACGGAGCGACAAACAUACAUCAACGACGUCCCAUUGCGCCACGACUCGUCGAUAUCCACAUUCAGCUCAUUUGCUCCUCCUCAGAUUGAUGCGCCACUUCCGACAUUCCCUGGGGAUGAAUGGAUCGAGGAUGAUUGCUUUACUCAAAUCCCAACCCUUGAGGGUAUCGACCCGGCUUUGUGCGACACGGACACGGCUGGGAGCUACACAACCAUGCAGAGUAACAUUCCCGUGAGCGACCAGGACCGACCGCUUUUGGACCACUUUAUCCACAAUGUUCUACGUUUGAUCUUCCCUGUCCUCGAGGCGCAUCAGCAGGGACACCCUCGCGCGCAGACCAUCCUCCGUGCCCUAGAGACAAACAAGUGCUACCUUCACUGCUGUCUCAGUGUAGCUGCCAUCCAUCUCAAGACCACAGUAGGAAUUACUGGAGAGCAGAUCGACCACGAAAUUAUGCGCCACCGCUACGAAGCCGUCUCCCAACUCUGCCAGGCCCUAGGCCAAGACGUCGACCACGAGGAAAUCCUCGACGCAACUCUCGCCAUGAUCUUCUUCCACUGCUCCGUCGGACCCGCAGACGACUACCUCCCUGACAUCCCCUGGUCCGAUCACUUCCAAGCAGCCUCGAACCUGGUCAACCGUCUCGGUCUGCCAACAGAGAUGCUCAGCGCCGGCAGCCCCUACAUGCCCUCUCCCCCAUUCAGCAUGACUCUCGCUGCGUGGAUCGACAUCCUCGGCUCGACCAUGCAAGGAACAACCCCCCAAUUCGCCCACACCUACCGCUCCAAGCACCUCAGCGGCUCUUCCUCCGGCCUCCGCGAGCUCAUGGGCUGCGACGACCGCGUCAUGUACCUGAUCUCCGAAAUCGCUUGUCUCGACGCCCUCAAAGCCUCCGGCCGCAUCGACUCCAUGGCUGUCUGCUCGCACGUCUCCGCGCUCGGCCAACAGCUCGAAUUCACCGAACCUGCUGAUCAAAACCUCGAGCCCCUUUACUCCCCGACCACGGGCGCCAUCCGCCCAGACGUCCUGACAAAGAACAUGACCCGCCUCUUCCGCAUCGCCGCCCGCAUCUACCUCUGCAGUCUCGUCCCAGGCUUCGACCGCAACCAGCCCAGCACCGUCAACUUGGUCUCCGCAUUUAUCGAUGCACUAAACUACAUCCCCACGGGACCAACCGGCUACGACCGCUCGCUCGUCUGGCCUUUGCUUAUUACCGGCUCGUUCUCGUCGCAGGGAAGCGAAUUCCGCACCAUUCUCGCGCAGCGCGCAGCUUCGUUGGGCGAGCACGCAGAACUCGGCAGCUUCGGUCGCAUGUACCGUCUACUGCAGGAGGUCUGGCGCCAAGCAGACGAACUCGAGGACCCAGUCUACAUGCCCGAGGAGAUGUACUCGAAUCUGUCUGAGGGCUCUGGUUCGGGCUCUGCGAGCCCCGUGGCGAAACUGGAGCGUUCUGUCUCGCCGGAGCACGCGCCUUUGAUGGCUGUACCAAAGCAGACAGUUAGCUUCAGGGAUGUUAUGCAGCGGAAUGGAUGGCAAUACUUGCUCAUUUAAACCACCAAUUAUGGCAUGUGGCAUGUGGCAUGGGUUAAUUCGGACGGAGUUCACGGUACCGGCGUUGGAAAAGCGAUUCUACAUUUUCAUUUUCCUUUGGUCUCUGCUUAUGCAUGAGCAUAGCAUUUUAUCUUUUUACUUUUACUUUUCUGCAGGACAGGAAAGACAAUUCGCGCAUACCCAUUUUGUUAUACUUGCGGAGGAGUCAUGGUGUUUGAUGUGAUGUUUUGAUUACGAUGAUGAUUUUAUCUUGUUCGAUGGCUUUUGAUAACCCAUAUGCAUGUUCUAGUUUAUGAUUGUUAGGUAGAGGUAGAGGUAGAGGUAGAGGUAGAGGUAGAAGUAGUGGAAGUGGAAUGGAUAUUGAUUCCGUCU